AUGCAGGCUUUGACAGGAAUUCACGCUGUGACAGAGACCAAAGCUGAUCGCAUGACGCAAAUCCGAAUGGAUCAGGAGCUAAAUGCGCUCAACGAGAUGAAUGGCCCAGGCAAGGCGGUGCAAGUUUUGUGGGGCAAGCCAGUUGGCGAGACACGAAGCCGCGCUACACGCCUCACAGGCGGGGGUCCCAAAGUCGACGAGUGGAGAAACAAGUGCAGGCUUGAAACUUACAAGAUCACACUCCAGUCUGGCAAGCGUACUUCCAAUGAUCUUGGCCUCGUCUUUUUGCAUGUUUUCGUUGUGUAUGGAGUUUAUGGUGAUGCUGCAGCCACGAACUCCAUUCUGGAAGCGGUAGCGGAAUGGACCCAAACUCUUGGGGACCAGAUGCCCACUUUUAUUGUUGGCGAUUUCAAUGCUGAGACGAGCGAGCGCAUUGAUAUGAUAUGGAUGAAUGAGGUCGCGCUGCUGUCCUUUGCGGAUUUUGCAACCACCUGGGACUUUGCCACGCACCAGCUUCCCAUGCUGAACUUUCUUUUCGUGAGGACGUGUGGCUGCAGCACAAAGAUUCGCUUCGCAGAUCAAAUUCGAGUUCGCAAAAAGCCGAGCACUUGGACGCUUUGGUCUGAGCGCUGUGAGCGACACUUGGUCCGCGCUGCUGGAGUCUCUUGGCAUGAUCGUUUUCGUCAGCGGGGCCGGCUGCAGAAGGUCUUGCCGACUUUUGCUACGCCUCAGGUCCGUCGACAUGAUCUGGAGCACUUUAUGGUGCCACGCCAUGAUGCCACACUCCAUCGUCUGGAGCAUGCAAGGAGGCGGAUACGUGCUUUGGGCAAAAUGCCGCAUCCCGGACCGCAAAAACAUGCGACCUGGGAGGCGGCUCGACGCGAUUUGCAACGGCUUCAGAAGCGCAUGGGUGACCAUCUGUUUCUUGAAACCCGGUUGCCGACUGUUGAGACUUUGAGCUUUUAUGCGCAGUGGCUCGACAAGCAGGCUGCUCUUUUGCAUUCGAGGGCACAUGCGCAGGCCACGCGCCGGGCCCGUGACCGGCGACGGCAGUACGCCACGCGAUAUGUCACCAAGUCGUUUCAAGAGCGAGCUACACAUGUGAAUGGCUCCUGUGACACGCUUCAUGUUGAUCAACAGGUGCGGCAAUUCUGGACAGAUGUAUGGACGCCUACUACAGAAUGCAAUAUGGGUUUGCAGACAGCUCUGCUUUCAUUGCCUUUGCCACGCUUUGAAGUGGAGCUCCCGCCGCUGCAGCCUUCAGAUUUGCGUCGUUAUCUGUCUAAGGCAAAAGGUGUCGCUGGCCCUUGUGGCUGGCGCCACACUGAGCUGCGUAAGUUACCGGACAGUCUUUUACAGCAGUUGAUUGACAUUUUCAUGUUGAUGGAGCAGCAUGGGACCACUUUGAGCGUUAACUGCCAAGGGGAUAUCUCUUUGAUUCCGAAGAAGGCCAAUUGCUUUGAAGUGGAUACUUUGCGUCCUAUCACUGUGUUGAGUUAUUUGCACAGAAUGUAUGCAGGUGCCCGGCUGCGUGCGGGGCUGCUACAAUGGCAAGAGGCUGUGCUUGGUGAGCUUCCACUGCGCGCCAAUCGCCCAAGUCAGCGUACUCAUGAUCUGACGCUCACUGCGAGUGUGACGAUGGAACACAUGAGACAUCAACAGCAAUCCAUUUCAGCGGUUUCCUACGACCUUAGCAAAGCUUUUAAUUCCAUGCCUUUUCAUGCAGACAACAUCAAUGGCUUUGGCUGGAUGGUUUUGAAGCGUCUGGGCUUUGACCCGCGAGUUACUGCGGUAAUGUUUGAUCAGUACCGGCGCUUACAGCGAAGAUUCAAGACAUUGCAACAUCUUGGACGGCCUGUUGCGGCUACUGGCUUGCGUGGCAUUGUCCAGGGCUGUGCCAUCAGCAUGAUCUUUUGUAACUGCAUCACGACAGUUUGGGAAGUUCUUCAGCGUUCUGGCCUCCGACUUCCUCGUGCGUUGCAGUUGCAGGUUGCCUCGCAUCCGUCGUGGCCUUGCGAUCAGACUUUCGCGCAUGAUGACGUGGAGCUUGGCCUGCCCGACACGACCACUCUACAGGGCGGGUAUGCGGAUGAUCUGCAUGUGAUUUCUGGCUCAGCUCCGAUCUUCAGACGUGCACAUGUGCUUACUGUUCUGUGGGCCAUCGUAUGUGAUGUACGGCUCAAUGUGCGCAAGACGGUCGUGUUCGGUGCCAUCGUGCAAUCUUGGAUCUUGGAUCCGCCAUAUUGA